ACAUAACACUCAAAUCUAUUGGCAACAACUUUAAAUAAACGCCAACAGAGCAGCCAGCAGACGAUAACUUUGUUUUUUCUAUUUCUCAGCAACAACAAUUUUCACGUAUUUGCCUAAAGACAUUGCUUUUACGCUAAAGCAGCACCUCCAAACGCCAACUGUAGCAGCAAGCGCAGCACUGCCAACAGUCGCCAGAGAUACACCGAUACCGUCACCAAUACAUUCUAUAUUUAUUAUAAAUAUUUUUGUUGUUGGUUUUGUGUUUUUUUCUCAUGUAGUAAGCAGCCUUAUAGCCCCAGCCAGUCAUCCAUCCAGUCAACCAGCCAGCCAGCCAUCCAAAUACUCGUUUUAUUUGUUCGUUUAUAUGUUGAAGCUAUAGCUGCAGAUAUUACCAAUUACACGAAUUUUAUACUCUUUUAAAAAUUUCGUUUUAUUAUAAUAUUUAUUAUCGUAGAGCGCACAACUGUCUGCGGAGUGUUUUUUGUGUGUGACCGAAUCGAAACAGUAACAGAACCGACCGUGCUCUGCUUCUAAUAAAACUAUCUAUUUAACUAUACAUAUAUACAACAAUAAUAAUAUUCCACUUGUACUUGUUUCUAUUAUUUUUAUUAUUGUUGUCUUUUUUAUAAUAAUCAUAAAAAAUAAAUCUCCACACUAUAAACAACAAGAAUAAACAAAUUAAAUCAAACUAAAAAGAUCAUUUACGGAAAGAACUUACGGGAAAUUACGGAAAAUACCUGAAAACGGUUAAAAUUGUGAAUUGAACUUUUAGCAGAAAAUAUAAAUAAUUCUUAUUGUCGGUUUAAGUGUUGUAGCACUUGAUUAUUGUCAAAAAUAAAUCGACAAAAACAAAAGCAUCGAGAAAAAGAAAUUUUGCAGCAGCAGUAGCAGCAUCAUCACAACAUCGUUGUUACCGUGAUAAUUAUUAUCAUCCUCGCCAACAAUAACAAAAACAAAAGCAACCACAUUUCUACUCAAAGCCGAAAAGCAGCAAAAACAAACAAACACAGAAAGCCACCAACAUCUAUUGUUACGCCGUCUGUCUGCUAGACUGACUGCCCGUCAACUUCAUUGUAUUGCACUAUAACCAUCCAAAUCAUUUUAUACAUUUACUUUAGUUUUAUACGCAAAGUCAUCAAAUCAACACAACAAUUACUAUUUGCUGCUAUUAAAAAUAUAAAAUAAAAAUAAAAUAAAAAAGAAACAAACAAAAAAAUUAUUUCAAUUUUUAUAGUGUCAACUGAAUAAGAAAGUACAACAUCGUCGUGUAUCUAUUUUUGCCACCAAAAUAACAUAAAGAAAAAAGUGCGCGUAUUUUUUAAAACAAAAAUAAAAAAUUAAAAAAAAAGUUUUAUUUUUUUAAAUUUUGUACAUGCAACAAAUUAAUUACAAUUUAACAACACAUAAAAAUAAAAUCAAUAAUAAAAUAAAAUUACAACAACCUGAAGCAAGUGGGACCGCACACCAAGUCCUCAAAGAAAUUUUUAUUACUUUUACACCAAAAUAUUUUACGACUUUUUAAACGCGUGUGCGUUCGUUUAUACGUCUAACUAUCAACCACAUUUAAUAGCAACAACGAGAUAAAAACACCUACACAGAGUCCUUAAAAAUCCAUAAAAAAUUUGUAAAAUAGUUUAAAGAAUAAACAAACAAAUCAUUAAUAAAAAGUGUCAUAUUUCUUAAUUUCCGUCGUUAAAAGCAAAAAAAUAAUAAUAAUUAAAGUUUAAAGCGACGGCAUUUCGAAGAAGAUAUAGAAAGUGUUAUAAACUAAAUAUAGAUGAAAUUGCCAAAUACAGUAACUACAACAACACCUGUUUCUUAAAAAAACAAGAUUUGUUUAAUUUCAAAUAAAAAUAUAAAAAUUUUAAAAAAUUUCGUUGCUUGUUUUUGCAUAAAAUCAAAAAUUAAACACACAAGCAAAAGAAAAACUAUGUGCAAUGUCAAAAUUUGUUUUCGAUAGUAUGCUACCAAAGUAUCCACAGUUUCAACCAUUUAUAAGUUCACAUUUAACUACAACAACACAAAAUUCAUCAUCAGCAGCUGUUGCCGCCGCCCUAGCCGUUGCAGCCGCCUCCUCAUCAUCAUCAGCAGCCGUAUCCAACGCUAAUAAUUCCAGUGGCAACAACAAUAAUAACAACAAUAGUAGCAGUAGUUCCCUGAACAAUACACUCAGUUUGAAUACCUCUAAUUCGAUUAACAAUCAGAAUAGUGUGUCGUCAUCAUUACUUUCACCCAACACUUCCGGCCAACUCAGCAGCAGUCAUUUGAAUCAAUCGUCCAAUUCACCUGUAUCUUCAUCCUCUCCAUCGUCUUCAACAGCCUUUGGCGGUCUUAGUCAGCAUCAUCAGCAGCAACAACAGGCCCAUUUUGCCAACAGUCAACAACAUCAUCACCAUCAUCCGCAUCAUCAGUAUUCGUUGACUGCCGCUUUGCAAUUGCAACAGCAACAUCAACAACAAUUGCACAUAAAUAAAUUAGCUGCCGCCGCCGUAGCUGCCAGUACACAACAACACCACCACCAGCAACAAAGUAACGGUAAUAGUUCUUCACAGCAACAACAGCAAUUGUUACUAACACCGCCCUCCGGAAAUAACUCCCACACAGGUGACAGCAGUUGUUCGCCUUCACCGUCGGCAUCCUCGUCACUGCAUCGCAGUUUAAACGACAGUUCACCAUCAUCCUCGGCUCAGGCGCACGCUAGUGCCGCAAGUUCUGUAGCCGCUGCAGCAGCUGCCGCCGCCGCUGCUGCUUCCUCAUCGUUUGCCAUACCCACAAGCAAAAUGUAUCCUUAUGUAUCAAAUCACCCCACGUCACAUGGAGGUCUCUCAGGCAUGCCAGGUUUUUCAGGCCUAGAGGAUAAAACUUGCAGGUACUCCGACAGUGUUAUGAAUAGUUAUCAAUCAAUGAGCGUACCUGGCUCAGCCUCUGCCAGUUUUGCACAAUUCUAUCAGCAUGCGGCUGCUGCUUCAGCCGCUUCAGCUGGUGCUAUUGGUGUUGAUUCACUGGGCAAUGCCUGUACACAGCCCUCAUCGGGUGUAGUGCCCACCGGAGGAGCUGGUCAAAGUAUUGCCGAUUUACCCCGAUAUCCCUGGAUGACAUUAACAGACUGGAUGGGAAGUCCCUUCGAACGCGUAGUAUGCGGAGAUUUUAAUGGUCCUAAUGGUUGCCCUCGUCGUCGUGGUCGUCAGACAUAUACACGUUUCCAAACACUAGAAUUGGAGAAAGAAUUCCAUUUCAAUCAUUACUUAACACGGAGACGAAGAAUUGAAAUUGCACAUGCAUUGUGUUUGACAGAGAGACAAAUAAAGAUUUGGUUCCAAAAUCGUCGCAUGAAACUUAAAAAAGAAUUAAGAGCUGUUAAGGAGAUAAAUGAACAAGCUCGACGUGAUCGCGAAGAACAAGAGAAAAUGAAAGCCCAAGAAGCCAUCAAAUCCGCCCAACAUAAUAACAAUAAAUUGCAACAACAGCAGCAGCAACAACAGCAACAACAACAACAGCAACAACAGCAUCAGCAACAACAACAACAAGAUCAUCAUUCUAUAAUCGCCCACAAUCCCGGCCAUUUGCAUCAUUCCGUUGUGGGGCAAAAUGACUUGAAAUUAGGUCUUGGUAUGGGUGGUGGUCUUGGUGUCGGUGGUGGUCUCGGUGGUAACCUUGGUAUGAUGAGUGCGUUAGAUAAAUCAAAUCAUGAUCUUUUAAAAGCCGUUAGUAAAGUAAAUUCAUAAAUUUGUUUAAAAGAUUGCAGAGAAGUAAACCCCCUUAAACAUGUACUGAAUUAUAGAAUUUGAUUAAAACACAAACUAUUAAAAGAAAAAUUUAUUACUAAUAAUA